AUUCUUGUGAAAAUGCAUACAAGUCCAGACACAGCUUGCUCACACUCUGCGUAACUACACAGGAGCGGGCACAUCAAGUCGUACCGGACAAUUGUGUGGAAGCACACCUAUCUUCGACCAUCAGCUUAUGCAAACUGCGUAAAUACCAUAACCGGCUACGUACAUGCAAUAAGAUAUUUAUUCCCAUAAAUGAUGUUGCAGUCCAGCACUGGUUUCUUGUUGUUGCCAAUAUUGUAGAGGGUGAAUGUGAGAUAUGGGACAGCAUUCCAGACACCUCAGCCAAGCUGCGCCAGGAGGAAUGCGUCGCGUCCGUGGUAGUUUACAGUAUGGGUCUCCUCCAAAGGGUUUUUGCAAGUGAACUGAAGUGUUAUCCAUUGCUUUUGUCUAAACUAGAGUCGUACCGUAUCAUAUAUCCUGAAAUAAACCCCACUCAAUCUAACGAAUUUGACUCAGGGAUUUUCACAGUUAGGAAUAUGCAACAUUAUGGAGACUACUGGCAUGAUGGGUUCAAUUCUGGUGAUCAGAGGAUCAAACUUGCACUUGAAAUUGUGAACAACCCCUACAAUGAGUGUCUCGCCGAUGUGAUGGAUGGUGUAAACUACUGGAAGAAUGUGGUAGGUUCCACGCAAGUCGGUCGACCUUCAAGGGGAAAUACAGCCCGUGACGAUGAUGCCGACAUCAGUUUUAUACCAUGUUGUAUUAAGUUCAAACCUCGCAUCCCACGUCGUUCGUAACCAUCAAUUUGUCGGAUGAAUUUGGAAUAUAACCAUUUUGUAAUAUGGUAACAGUAAAAAAUAAAAAACUACCAGCACGAGGACUUUUAUAUGUACCAUACUGAGAUACUAUUGCUCAGUGUAUGCGUAUUGUCGUGAACUCAAUUCAAAAUUGCUACAACUUUCGUUUGA